AUGCAACGUUUUAUCCUUCUCGUGGUUGUGGCUGCAUUUUGCAAGCACACAUGUGCUGCCUUAUUCGAAACGAGUCCUGCGGUAGUCAGUUCUGAGACCACCGAAGAAACUCAAUCGUCAACCGCUUUGGCCCCAGUCUCCAGAGCUAAAAGACAAUGCGGAGGAAUGGGUGGAUGUUGCGCUGGAAUGUGCUCUUGUGGAGGGAUGGGACAAUGCGGACAGGUCUGCUGUUCUCCUUCACCUUGUUCGUGUAUGGGACAAUCUGGCUGCAGCUGUGCUCCACUUCCUUCGCCCUGCCAAUGCGGUCAACCUGGAUGUGCCGUUUGCACUACUAACACCCAGCUUGUCGCCGUUCAACAGACUUGCUGCACUUGCUGCCGUCCGGUUUGCACUCAAGCCUGUAUUCAGGGAGGCGGUUGUGGAUGUGGUUGUACUAGAGGCGGAUGCGGUCGUAAACGUCGCUCUUUGCUCGCUAUUGCCGCCGAGGAGUCAUCAAAAGUUGAG